UCCUCCGCUGCCCUGUCCCUCUCUCCCUCUCGGCGCAAUCCAUCCAUUAUUCUCUCGCUUAUUAUUAUUCCCCACUCCCCUCUCCCUCUCUCUCUCCCUCCCCGACUCGCUGCUGCGCUGCUGCGGAGGCCGCCGCCGGAGAGGAGCGAGAAGGUGUGCCGCCGCGUCCGGGGGAUCCGCGCCUCCUGCUUCGGUUGCGCGGUGGGCGCCUCAUGCGGUGGUCCGGAGGCGGGGGUGCUGCCGGGGGAGACGCGGUGGUUCGGCGCGGAUGGCUCGCUGGUGCUUGGAGAUUGGUGUGAUUUGACGGGAUUCGGCGGAGGCGCUGGGUUUCGUGGGGUGCCAGGGUUUCGGCGGCUGCGUGUGGGGGACGUGGGUGUUUGGUCCUCCCUGAGGCCGAUCUGGUGGCGCUCGUGCGGGGGAGCGAGCUGAUUCGACGCGAUUCGGAGGUGUGGCGGCGGGAUCUUCGUGAGGCUCUUUUCGCGAGGGGGAGGAGGUGGUGGUAGCCCAUGGGGCUCGCGCCGCCGGAGCUGGGGCAGUUCGACGGGUGGGAGAGCUCGGGCGAGGAGGAGCGGGAGAGGUGGGGAUGGUGCCGCCGCAGCAGCAGGCGCGGCCGCCGCAUGCCCCGGAAGGGCGGCGAGGAGGACGCCGGCGUCGCCACCGGGUGCUGCAUCCGGCUGUGGCCCAUGGGCAACUGCCCGCCGCAGCCGCGCUCCAAGGUCGACACCUCCACCAGCAGCGCCAGCACGCACGGCGCAGAAAAGUCAGCAGAAAAUGGUAGCAGGAACCAACCUGUUGUGUCAGUAGUCUCAGGCUCGACAUCUACUAGUAAUGCUGAGAGCAGUUCAUCAGCAUCUAAAGCUGGAGAGGAAAUAAAGGUUUCCUCUAAGUUGCGCAAGUUUGGAUUCAGUGAUCUAAAAUGUGCCACACGGAACUUCCGACCCGAGAGUCUUCUCGGUGAAGGGGGUUUUGGAUGUGUGUUUAAAGGGUGGAUCGAAGAGAAUGGAACUGCGCCUGUGAAACCUGGUACAGGUCUUACAGUUGCUGUCAAGACGCUCAAUCAUGAUGGUCUUCAAGGGCACAAGGAAUGGGUGGCAGAAGUUGACUUCCUUGGUAACCUUCACCAUCCCAAUUUGGUCAAAUUAAUUGGAUACUGUGUUGAAGAUGACCAAAGAUUGCUGGUAUAUGAAUUUAUGCCGCGCGGAAGUUUGGAUAAUCAUCUAUUCAGAAGGUCUCUUCCUCUCCCAUGGUCCAUCAGAAUGAAAGUUGCUCUUGGGGCAGCACAGGGUCUUUCCUUCCUUCAUGAAGAAGCAGAAAGACCAGUCAUUUAUCGUGAUUUUAAAACAUCUAAUAUACUGCUAGAUUCGGAAUACAAUGCAAAGCUGUCAGAUUUUGGGCUUGCCAAAGAUGGUCCUGUAGGUGACAAGACUCAUGUGUCUACUCGAGUAAUGGGAACCUAUGGUUAUGCAGCUCCAGAGUAUGUCAUGACAGGUCAUUUGACAUCAAAGAGUGACGUCUAUAGCUUUGGUGUGGUGCUGCUUGAGAUGAUGUCAGGACGAAGGUCAAUGGACAAGAACCGCCCAAACGGCGAGCACAACCUUGUGGAGUGGGCGCGCCCCCUCCUAGGAGAGAGACAGCGUUUCUACAAGCUAGUCGACCCUCGGCUGGAGGGCAAUUUCUCUGUGAAAGGUGCCCAGAAGGCAGCACAAUUGGCACGCGCAUGCCUGAGCCGGGACCCCAAAGCCCGGCCGCUGAUGAGCCAAGUGGUUGAAGCUCUCAAGCCACUGCUGAACCUCAAGGACAUGGCCAGCUCCUCCUACUUCUACCAGACGAUGCAAGCGGAGAGGAUGGCACAUUCGAGCAGCAUGAACGGUAGGAACAGCCAUAGCCUCAAGGUGCACGGGUCUUUUGCCCGCGCAAGCGCAAACGGGCAGCAGCCAAUGAGGAGCAUGUCUGAUGGCCCCCGCGCGUCCCCGUUUCGCUACUCACCAAAGCCGAACGUGAAAUAACCAUAGCUCCGCGUCGCUUGGUAAUCCUGGUCGAACCUAGAGUCUCUCGGGGUGGUGGAACUUGGGUCGGGGCGGCAGGUGCCGCGUGUGAACAUUGUUGUGCGACAUGAAUUGAUGUCUGUGUGUCGUGUAGAUUUGACAUGUGAAGAAGAUAUAGGUGGAAAAAGAAGAUGUAGGCGUUGAGAUAUCUCUCGUGGAUGCUUUGCGUUGAAGGUUAAUCUCAACUGGAUGCUGCUAUACAUCUCUUUGGAAAAAUGAUGUGAAGUUGCUCUU